UCCACGCGUCCCGUUUCUACUGGGGUUUGAUGGAGACGUACGUGCCCCCAAAAACCACCACUCACUUCGGGUCCGUGGAAAGGAAAGGAAACACGGUAAAACCCAUUCCUCAGUUCUAUCGUGCGCUGUGUGACCACCCGCUCUUCUUCUACUUCUUCCGUCCUGUCAAAACCCUUACACCCAAAUCAUCACAAUAUCUGCCAAAAAUGUCCAAGAAACUGGACAUGUCUCUCGACGAUGUGAUCAUGAAUAGUCGGAGAUCAGAUGGCUACAAUGGUAUUUCCAGGGGCCGAGGCCGCGCAUCUGGUCCCGGCCCAGACCGUCGGUUUGUGAACCGCACCGUGCCUAGAAUGGCGCCGUACUACGCUCCACAGCCAAUGCAAGUGAUGGAUCCCAUUUUUCAGCAACAAAUGGUCUUGGGUGCGGGCUCUAACACGGAGGAGGGCACCAAAAUAUAUAUAUCAAACUUAGAUUACGGCGUUUCUAACGACGAUAUUCAGGUUCUUUUCUCUGAGGUUGGUGACUUGAAACGAUAUUCCAUCCAUUAUGAUAGGAGUGGAAGGUCAAAGGGAACAGCAGAAGUUGUCUUUUUACACCAGUCAGAUGCUGUGGCAGCUUUGAAGAGGUACAACAACAUCCAACUUGAUGGGAAGCCAAUGAAAAUUGAGCUUGUAGGAGUGAAUUUGAUUACUCCUGCUUUUGGAACUUCUAGUACAAGUAGCAUAUUAGGAAAACCAAUUGGCGCCUUCAGAAGUGGACAAGGGCAGGCUAGUCUUGGGGGUUGGGUUCACCGUGGCGGUGGUGGUGCGAUUGGACAUGGAUCUGCUAGGGGUCGCACACAACAGAAAGAUCGUGUUGAGAAGUUAACUGUAGAAGAUCUUGAUGCUGACUUGGAGAAAUACCGCCUUGAAGCUCUGCAAAUAAACUGAAGUCAGUUUAUAGUUGAUACUGUUUUUUAACAUUCUUGGCGAAUGCAUCUUCCAAUUACACUGGCUGUUGCUCCUGAAGUACUGCAUGCUAAGAUGUUGGAAAUAUACCAGGAAUAUAAUUAGGUGGCAUGGCUUGGUUUGCUGACGGCUUGCUGCCACUCACUCAUUCAGUUGAUUUUUGUCAUGCAAAGCCCAGGCUGCUUGUCCAUGCCAUUCCUUUGAAAUUAACAUACAUCAUUUUUCUUCAGUUGUGGACCUAUGGCGAUGUAUUUCCGAAGUAUUGACAGUUACAUGAGCAUUGUAGGCAUUAAUUAUGCGGGCAUUUGAGACA